AUGCCUCGACCAAAAGUGUUGCAGUGGCUUUCGGGCUCUGCGUACGUCCCAUUGUCAAACCACGAACGCGAUGAACGAGAUGCUGGUAUAGCCUACAAAGAUGAAGAUGCGGCGGCUACGGAACGAGCUCAUCCCGGGUUGUCGCCAAGACUAGCUACGGGCGAAGUCACCGCCCCACCAGGAUUUCUCGCCUCGUGUGGCUCAACACCUACAGAGGCGAAAGCCCGUAACUGCAUCUUCGAACAGCAACUUGGGGCCUGGGUACAUCCAACCUGCGCUUGGCAGGAGAUUGUCCACGAGUUUCGUGAGGUGGUCGGGGACAUAUAUGUCGGCUGGUCUUGGUACUGGGAUACCGAUCUGAAGCGUGAGGUGGCUGCAGCCGACGUCCCGAAACUCCAGAACGGCAACUUCUCCGUCACAUACACCACUUUUCCCCGAGCGCACGACCUGCAUUGCUUGUAUUGCUGGCGAAAAGUAGAAUACGCAAUCGAGCACGGUGUUAAGUGGAUAGACGCCCGGUGUCAUCAGUUCUGGCACACGAAGCACUGCGUUACUCUCAUCGCAGAGACGUUGACAGGCCAGGGCGAGCAGCAUCGGGCAUUAACAUAUCCUUUGUUGUUUCACGACUGUGUUCCACUCACUUCGACGAUAGAGUCAUGA